ACCUCCUUUCUCCUUUUUAAGAACACUAUCGCGUAACGUGUUUAUUAUUUUGUUAAAAUGUGGCACAUCAUAAUGGUGUUUUGUAAAUAGAACUGUGACAAAAGUGGCAGGUACUUAUUUGUACUUACUUAUAAUAUUUUGAUUGUAAAUCCUUCCUGAAUUGUUAACGCGUCAUUAAUUACAGUUUACAACAGUACAAUGGAUGUUUUUCUUUUGACACAUGUGCAUACAGAAUACACAAACAGAAUUAAGGUAAAAUUCCCACGUAACUCCAUGUAAACGCACUCUAACGGCCGGUGAGCUAAAUUGCUAGCCAUUUGACCUUUCCCUCUUGCAUAUCAAUCCGUCUCAUUCCCACACUGGCAUUAAACAAACACAUUACAAGUACACAAGUCGUGGAGGUUACUCCUGUCCAAGAACAAAAAUGUUUAAAGAAAUCGUAAUUUUGUUUUGUGUGGUAGUGUUGGUCCAAUCGAACAGUGUGUUCGUGGGUCAUGUGUACGACCAAACUGGUUUGGUUCGGAAGGUGUAUGAUAAAAUGGUUGAAGCUACAGGCAUUCCGUUGAUAAAGAGGGAAGAAGAAAUAUAUUACGAGUACCCUGCUGGUGACCAGAAGAUUAAGGGCAUUGCUAUCAAGGAUCUGACUGAUAGUAAAGCGCAGGCUUCCAUCACUCGUGGAGGCUUGGGCUUUGGAUUCGUGAAUAUCAAGUUGAAAAGCGAGAGAGGGUCCGGAUACAAGUAUUUGAUUGAAGUAUUCGCGUAACUUUGUGCUGUGGCCAGUCAAAAUACUCAUCUCCGAAAGUAAAUAUAGUGCGUUCGUUGUAACUGUGCUCUCUGUAAUUAAAGUGUUCGUUACAUAUUGUU